AAAUAGGAUGCCCCGAAAAAAGGGUCGUUCCCGUUGCCUCGGGGUCGAAGCAGACGUUAAUAGAAUCGGUCACGGACAGAUGCAGAUAUCUGUGUCCCAUUGAGUCUUUCCUAGACACGGCAAACUGAUGACAGAAACCAAGCAGGUCUGCAUCAAUAUAACCAGAUAUAUAUCAAAGUAUGUCAAUAUUUUUAAGAGACAGCAGAUCUUCGCUAGUUAAUAAAGAAAUAUAUGUAACAAUGCAAGAUCUCGAGAAAUCUGAGAAGAUCAAAGAGAGAACCGGGGAUCAGGUGGGACACGGAUAUGCGCAUGAGAGGGACGCACAUGGGAAUGGUUAUUCGGCAUAACGCGGUGGGGAUAAAAUCAGACCGAAAUAUCGUUUCGGAGCGGAAAACGAUGACACCGUCGCCACCGGGAUGCCAUUCCCAUUCGAGUCCGCGCAAACGAGUUCUCCACCUCGUCGAAAAACUACGCGGCAAGAUAUGAUGGAAAGCAAUGCUAAGUACGUAGUGAUACCUCUCCACCAUCGGCCUGAUUUGAUCAAAAAUUGUUGUAAGUUAGUUAAUUCUGAAUGGCCUCGAAGCGAAACUGCACGAAUGAAAUCUCUGAAUGUGUCUUGCGACGAUUUUCCCACGUGUCUGAUUCUGAUUAAUGAUAAGGACAAGGUUCUUGGACAUUGCAAAAUAUCUCUGGUUGGUAGAUCAAAAGUUAGCUGCUUCAUAGAAUCUGUUGUAAUCGACUAUCGAUAUAGAUCUCAAGGAUUAGGGUCUAGAUUAUUGCGUGGCGUGGAAGAAUACGUCGCGAGAAAGGGUCUGAAAAAUAUAUAUCUAAAGACAGAUGGUCAGGAAGUGUUUUACUAUAAGAACGGAUACAAGUUGUGCGAUCCAUUCAAAGCGUAUGGCAUUAACGACAUCAUAACCGCCAGUCCGCCUCUCGGCAAAACGAAAUUCAAGGAGAGGAACGCCGAUCAGUCCGCCGGACAGCCACCACCGCCGCCACCGCCCCCGAUGCCGGCGUUCCAACUGUCGAAAUUUUUCGACACGCGAAUGCUAUCCCAAAAAACGCACAUGGUAAAGAAAUUAGGAUACUAGCGUUAUGUCAAAAUAUCUCGGCACGUUUUCUUGUUCUUGCUAAACGUUCGAGUUCAUGUCAAUUGAAAUUAGAUGAUUAAAAAUAAGUAUGAGAUAUUAGAACGGAAUCGAGUAGGAUAAGACGAAAAAGGAUAAAUUAUAAAAAAGAAUAGAUAAUUUAACAUAUCGUAUUUCAGUAGAGAACUUGAGCAGUGUUUUGUCCAGGAGAUCAUUCUCAUUAGUGCACAUUGAUUAGGCAAAUCAUGUUGGAUAAUCAUAAGGCAAAU